AUGAGCAAGCUCCAGGCUUCUAGCGUGCGUUCGUCCAUCAAGGUCCUCCUCAAGGAGUCCUCGCUCGAGGGCCAGCGUGAGGGCCUCGGCAAGAAGCGUAACUUCGUCGAGACCAUCGAGCUCCAGAUUGGCCUCAAGAACUACGACCCCCAGCGUGACAAGCGUUUCUCGGGCACUGUCAAGCUUCCCAACGUCCCCCGCCCCCGCAUGCAGCUCUGCAUUCUCGCCGACGCCAUGGACGUCGACCGUGCUAAGCAGCUCGACGAGGAGCUCGCGUUCAUGACCGUUGAGGACCUCAAGAAGCUCAACAAGAACAAGAAGCUCGUCAAGAAGCUCGCCCAGAAGUACGACGCCUUCCUCGCUUCGGAGGCCCUCAUCAAGCAGAUCCCCCGUCUCCUCGGUCCCGGUCUCUCCAAGGCGGGCAAGUUCCCUACCCCCGUUUCGCACUCCGAGGACCUCGCCCGCAAGGUUGUCGAGGUCAAGAGCACCAUCAAGUUCCAGCUUAAGAAGGUGCUCUGCCUCGGUGUCGCUGUCGGCCACGUCGACAUGGAGGAGGACCAGAUCAUGCAGAACACUAUGCUUUCGAUCAACUUCCUCAUCUCGCUUCUUAAGAAGCAGUGGCAGAACGUCGGCUCGCUCCACCUCAAGUCGACCAUGGGCAAGCCCCAGCGCCUCUACUAA